ACUACUGACUCUACAGCCUGCUGCUGCAGAGGAAGCAGCCCUAACCCGGGGGGGCGGGGUUAGCGUCAGGGGGCGGGGUUAGCCUCAGGGGGGCGGGGUUAAAGGUAUUUCCUGGUGAGCGGCAGCAGGAAGAUGAAUGUGGGCGUAGCUCACAGCGAGGUGAACCCCAACACCAGGGUGAUGAACAGCAGAGGAAUAUGGCUCACCUACCUGCUGCUGACCGUCGUGCUGCACAUCGUCCUGCUCAGCAUCCCGUUCUUCACCGUGCCGCUCGUCUGGACCCUCACCAACGUCAUCCACAACCUGGUGAUGUACCUGUUUCUACACACAGUGAAGGGAACUCCCUUUGAGACACCAGACCAGGGCAAAGCUCGCCUGCUCACACACUGGGAACAGAUGGACUACGGCGUCCAGUUCACGUCGUCACGCAAAUUCCUCACCAUCUCGCCGAUUGUUCUGUACGUACAUUCUCGCCAGUUUCUACACAAAAUACGAUGCCACGCAUUUUCUAAUCAACACCAGCUCCCUCCUCAGUGUCAUCCUCCCAAAGCUGCCUCAGUUUCACGGAGUACGGAUAUUUGGGAUCAACAAAUACUGACAGAAGAGACUGAACGCUGGAUUUUAACCACCAACACUGGACUUUGUAGUUUCUGCUGAACUAUUUUAUGUUUCGAGGUCGAGGAGGAGAGAACCAGUUGGACUCGUCUUACCUGUACAGACUGUGUGGAGUAAUAUAUAAAGAAGGUAAAUGCACUGCUGCGGUUUUAUGAAAGUAAUUUCUUUACUGACAUUCCUGAUGUAGGUUUGUCAAAAAGACACUUUGGCUUCAAGGAAUUUGAACUGCUGCACACUGAAUGUUUAUUCUGGACUCGUCCGUCGUCACAUGAUUUCUGUUACAAACUGCACUGGCUGCAGGUCUGUAGAACUGUCCGCUUGUUGCCAUAAAUGUGAAUGAAUUCA